GUAAAUACGGAAUCCGUGGCGGAGCGGCGAGGGAAAAACGCUACCGCUCGGCUGUCAGCGCGCCGACGAGAGGCGGCCCCCACGCGCCCUCCCUCGCACGCACACACACACACACAGCCCGAGCCGCGCCGCUAUAUAUACGAGGCGGGCGCGCCCACGCGACAGACGGGCGCCGGCAGCAGCAGCGGCAACAGCAGCAGCAGCAGCAGCACGCGCGACGCACCGACGAUGCAGCUCCUGGUGAAGGCGACGGCGCUGGUGGUGCUCCUGGUGGCCACGGCGGGUGCGGGGGCGGCGCCGGUGCACGACGGCGACCGCUGCCCGGACAAAUGCGACACGGCGCUGUGCCCCCGGUCGGAGGCGGCCUGCCCCCGGGGGCUGGUGCCCGACCCGUGCGCCUGCUGCCCCUCCGGGCUCUGCGGCCUCGAGGAGGGCGAGCGCUGCUUCGACCCCCGGGUCACGCCAAAGAAGUUCGACAGGUUCGGCCAGUGCGGCGACGGGCUCGUCUGCAAGUCCCGCCACGACCUCACCUUCCGGGAUGAGCCUGAGUCUCUGUGCAUGUGUAAAGAUUCACGUGAAGCAUGCGGGACAAAUAACAGGACAUAUGACUCCAUUUGUCAGUUGAAAGCAGAUGCUAGUAAAUUUGAAGAGCAACCCUCAAUUCGACUAAAACACUGGGGACCUUGUGAAAGUGCUCCAUGGAUCACUUCAGGACCUGAAGAUGUAGUAGUGCCAUUAAACUCUGGCUUAUCACUUGACUGUGAAGCUAAAGGUUAUCCGGUACCAUCUAUCCACUGGGAAUUCAAGGCUGAAAAUGGCUCUGUCAGGCUACUGCCAAGUGAUGACCUGUAUGUAGCAGUACAAGUACGUGGUGGUCCAGAAUCUUACAUGGAAACAUCUUGGGUACAAAUUGUUGAUCUACGUAAAUCAGAUGCUGGGACAUACACCUGCAUUGCAGUCAAUUCUGAAGGAAUGGCCAGUGCUUCAGCAAAAGUUACAAUUCAUGGAUAGGAGAAGCUGAAGAAUAAACCAUCUAACAAAGUAAAAAAAAAAAAAA